AUGUCCCAAUUAAAAUAAAUCGUUUAAUUUUCUCAAAAUUAAAAUUAGUAUUAAAGUGACAGUUGGUAGUGGAUCGUGUAAAUCCAUCAAAGAAGAAGAAGUAAAAGCUAAGUAAAAUAAGUAACCAUGGUUAGAUGGUAUUAGUUCACGUUAUAAUAUGCAUGCUUUCUUGAACAUUUUGUUAUGGUUAAAAAGUGUGAAACUAGUGGACCAACCAAAAUGGGGUGGUUCAUUAUGUCCAAUCAUGAAACAUUAUUUUGUUCAUCCUUUAUCAUCUAGUGAUCAAAUGAACCGAACCAUAAUUGUAACUAUUUUGGUUGUUCAGCCAAUUUUGGUUGUUCAGCCAAUCUAGCCGUUGAUGCAGUCUGGUUCUUAUAACAAGGCUUUUACAUAAAUUAUUUUACUACAUGGACAUUCCACCUAUUUUAGUCAGUAAAAAGGUAACUGUCCCAAUUAAGGGUGACUAUUACAUGGUAAAUUCUUGAAGUCUUUAACAGCUUCAUGAACACCAUGAAUGAAUGAAUGACUGAAUGACACAGUUGCCAGAAAAUGGAAAGUGAAACUGCAAGAUAAUGCUAUAAAUGCUUUGAAAGCAACAUUCAAUCGAUGGGAAAAGUGGCCAGACAAAGAGGGAAUACCUAAUGCUCAAGCUAUUGUGGCUAUUGUGGAAAGUAGGUGUUUAUUGUUUAAGUGUUACACCCAAAUGGCCAAGCCCUAACAUUAAAUAGUGACCUAGCCAGAAAUUAUUAUUACCCUAAGUAGAAAAGAAAGAUAGUGCAAGAGUAUUGACAUGAUCUAGUUAGCAGUAGAAUAACUAGCUAUAAGGAUCCAUAAAUAUACUGUUGGAUAACAAUGGCAGAUCACAAAUAUGUUGAGCCCAAAACUAGGGAUGACAUAAGUAUCCAUAUCUGUGGAUAUUCGCUCGAAUCUGACCUAAUUCGGUAGGGUAAAAUUCAUAUUCAUUUUUUUUUUCGGGUGUGGGUAAAACCCGAAUCCGAACAUUGUGAGUGAUGGGUUGAUGGUUUUUUCACUAUCCAACCCGGAUCCCCCGAUUGUAAUGUAUGUAUUUUAUCCAGAAUUGGUCUUUUUUCCCUCUUCAUAUGUAAUAUUUUUAAUAUAUAUAAUAUUUUUCAUGAAGUUAUGUUAUAUUCAACUAAUUUUCUUUGUUCUAUUGAUUUAUUGUUGUAUUUUUCACUUAUGUAAUUGUUAACAUGUUAGUUGAACUUAUGAACAAAAAUUAUUGCCUAUGAAUAACCAUAAAUAUCCGAAACUCAAACGAAUUUGAACAUAAUUUCGAUUUUCUACAUGAUUAUUGAGUGAGUAUAAAUAUGAGUAAAACCCGAACUGUUUUGGAUAGGGUAGUGAAAAUGCACUAUACUGACCAAAAAAGUCGGUAUUGAUUGUGGGUUCAUCAAAUCAAAUGUCCAAUCGGUGACUUGGAUGAAAUAUGAGGGUGCAACAUAAUGGUACAUGAUGAAUGAGAAAUUUACGUAUAACGAAAGGCUAACUAUACAUACCGAGUUUGUCUCAGUGUGAUACUGGCUCUAGUUUGGUUGAUUGAUUGAGUAGUACAUGAGAGAAAAUAGAGUACUUGUUAUGUCAACAAAAUUGACAAUUCAUCAACACAUAAACUCGAAUUGGAAACAACUGAGUAUGGUGGAUGGUACAUUAUGGGAAGUUGAUUGGAUUGGAUGAUGCUGUAAAUCUAUUCAUUGUAAUUUUUUUUACAAAGUUUAAACAUUAAACAUAAUAUUAUAUGAAAUGAGACAACACGAUUGUUUUGUUAUUAUUAUUUUAAUACGUAACUUAGAAAAGAAAAAAAAAUCAUUGGCAGAUUAGCUCUGUGAUUGUUAGUUUGUGGUAUAAUAUUUAUUAUUGAAUCUUUCCCAACAACUCAAACUAUUGACAAUUGAUUCUUGACACAGUCUCAGAACCUUCUGUGGCCGAUAGGUCUUCUGUUUGAAUCCCGACGAGCCCCACUUGUUAAACACAUGGUAUUCGGACCAGUGCAACUUUCAAACCUUUAUGAAUUGGAUUUUGUUUGAGUGAGCGUCUUAGUAUGUGAUAUAGAAUUCGUCAUUGAACAUCGCCCAAUAACUUGACAUAUUGAAUAAAUAAGGAUGAAUUCGAGAUAUACUAUUUUUUUUUUGGGUUAGGGGCAUUAUUUACGGGGAAAAGGGAGUCUAAUUCUAAUGAGACUAUAACUAAUUAAGGGUGUAUUAAAAAGCACAAUUUUUUUAAAAAAAAUUCCCUCUUGGGUUUAGCUUUGCUUUAUGCCCAGCUUAAUUAAAUUACAGUUACAACCCACUUUGUAAUUUUAGUAUAUGUUCUCUCUCUGUUUUUUUUAAUCAAUGGUUAAGAUUAAAAGAAGUGUAUUUUUGAAAUGAAAAAAACUUACCACACUGAAUCAUUGACCCAUAUAAAUGGGAAAAAUCCUAACUCCUUCCUCUCUCCCACAGACAGCUCUCUCUCGCCCCCCCCCCCCCUCCUCGCGCGUCGUGGCCUGCUGCACACCUGUCGUGCUCUCCAGUGUUGUCGCCUCCGCACCGUCCCGCGACCCUCCGCCUCCCUCCCCGCCUGUCGCGCCCUCCACCGCUGCCUCAUCGUCCCAUGACCCUCUACCUCCCUCAACCCCCGUCUCGCGACCCUCCUCUGUCUCACUCCACCUCCUGACGCGCCAUCCACCCUUGCCGGUGCCAUCUCUCUUGUUGCCCUUCUCUACCGCCGACCUCAUCCAUUGACAUCGUCGCCUCCUUUGCUCACCUCUUCCGGUGUGUGUCCCUCUACCACUAUACUCUUCCUCUCCUCCCUUUCGUUUUUCAUAUAUUUGAUUUUUGGAUUUUCAUAUUUGAUUUUUUUUUCUAGUGGUAAUGAUUUUCUUCUAGUAGUGGUACGAGAUGGAGUGGUACGCUACCACUACCAGCUACCAUAUGGUAGUGAUAGCGUUGUACUGGUAGUGGUACCAAUGGUAGUGGUAGCGUACCACUAAAGCACUGACGGGUGGUAAUUUUUUGCAGGUGGUCGGAGCGAGUUUGAUUCAAGAAUUUCGCCAGAGAAAGUCUGUCGGUCGGAAAGUCAGCCGAUCGGAGAAGUAGCUGCUGAAAAAAGAAGAGAGAGAUAGGAAGAGAGAAAAAUAUAUUUAUUGUAGGAUUUAAAUUUUAAAAAAAAAACAUGUAUUUAAUAUAGGUUUUUAAUUUUCAAUGUGUAAUUAAUACACAAAAUUAAUUAAUUAAUACAUUUUUUAAAUCAUACCCAAAAUGUCCUUUGAUUGUGAAUCUCACAACUCCCAGUCUCCCUUAGCGGAAGUGAGCAUAUCCCGCUCCUCCUUUGACUUUAUUUGCAGGAAACCAAGACGUACGCACGCACAUACGUUGUCGGUUUAACAUUUAACUUUGUUGGUACGUGGUUUAGAAUUAGAUGGACUUCCAUUUACUUUCCUGCAUUGAAAAAUGAAUACCAUAAGGGAGGAUAAGGUUACAUUAAUCAUAUGUGGCGACCAACCGUCACCGAUUAAAUAUUCCAAAAAUGAAAUCACAGGGCAGCUGCCAGCCCACGUUCGUAACAGUACAGGCGUGAAAGGGAUAGAAAUGGAUACAUCAUAUCAUACAUUGCACACCAUAAAUUAAAGAACAUUCAAGAGAGCUGCCAGCGCUAGCGAAAAGAAGCAACUUCGUCAAUAAAAAUAAAAAUAAUGUAAACGACGACGAAAGCGAUCGACGGGGAUAGAUUCAGGCCAGCUGCCGUCUGCCGGCAUCACAUAUUGGUGCUUGCCUGCUUCCAUCUCAUUGAUUUAUAUCGAUUUUCCAUAUUGUUCAGCCAUGCAUGCAUGCAGAUGCAACGCCCAACUAAAUUGGGCUGACUACUUUCAACGCAAAGGUGCCACUCUCUGUCGAUGAACAUGAUCGCGGUCCCGAAUUGAUAGUUCGAGAAUCGGUUGACACAUCUUCAAAUAAUUGAGGUAUAUAUAUAUAUCAUAUUUAGUGAUUGGUGCGAGUUCAGACGCGAAAUCUUUCUCAACCAGAUUAUCUUAAUCAGUAUCAUGUUAAUUGAGAUUAGCUAGUUUUUUUUUUUUUUUUUUUUUACCUUUUUGGAGGCCACGAUGGGUCAUGUUGAAUAUAUAUAUAUAUAUAUAUAUGAUUCUGGCUAGCGUACGUCCGUCGUACAUUGUACGCCCGUCGAGUUUUACUAUUUAGAGCAUGAAUUAAUCAAAAUUUCGAACAUGAUACUAUACCCUAACAUCUAAUGGGUGAACCCCAGUCCCUAAUUCUGAAACCCAAGCCACAAGAUUCAUUUAAUCUAAAAAAUAAUAACCGAUGGUUCUGAUUCGACAAAAUAUAUUAAAGCGUAAAAC